GGCGGCAGAUGGAAGCGUUGGGGUUUUACCACGGUGCCAUCAGCAAGCAGACAGGGGAGAAGGUGCUCUGCGCUGCUGGGAAGGAUGGCAGCUAUCUCAUAAGAAAGAGUGAGACAGUGCCUGAUGUGUAUUGCCUUUGUGUUUUGUAUCAUAAAUACGUCUACACCUACAGACUGUUCCAAGUGGAGGGAGGAUCCUGGACAAUAGAGACUGCUCCCGGUGUCAACAAGCGGCUGUUUCGGAACAUCAAGAACUUGAUAAGUGCAUUUCAGAAAGAAGACCAAGGCAUUGCGAUUCCUCUUCUUUACCCAGUCCAAGUUGAAAACAAAUAUGCUGUACAUCAGCCAAGAAAUGUUUAAUUGCUAGGAAUAACACAGAUUCUUUUUUUUUUUUUUGACGACAACUGCAUUGGUUGAGAUGUACAUAGUAUAGUGUAUCUGCUUUGUUUUUGAAGAGCUAAUGGGUCAAAUGAUGAUUAUUCCAAAUCUGGAAAAGGCAGCGCUUGGAAGUACUUAGAAAAGGUUCAGCGGCAGUCUCAUCAGAGCCUGCCCUGGGUAAUAACUUCGCUGCAGCAUCACUGGUUAGAAAUUGUAACAUGUACAAAAUACAUUUUCGCAAAUACUUCUUAAGUGCUCUUGUGGCUUUGAUCUGGGUGCUCUGGGUUCCUCCCACAGUCCGAAGAAAAGUAUUUAAUGUAGACUUUAAGACUCUAAAGUUAAUUUAGUAUGUGUGAGUAAAUGUGUGUGAUUGAUCCCAUUCAGGGUGCAGCCUGCCUCAGGCCUUAUGCUUUAAAGAUAGGCUCCAGACCAUCGUGACCCUGAACCUGACAACCUGUUACGGUGAAUUAAUGAAUAGAAAGAAGAACAACCAAAAAAAAUGUUGAAAUUGUAGUUGGGCUGUGAUCUUCUGUUAACAAAGUGGUUGAAACUCUUGUGCGACACAAACUGGUUUGGCUGUUGAGAGAGAGAGAGAGAGAGAGAGACGGACAGACAACUGAGGUUUCCUAUAUUUGACCUCGCUCUCAGAAGAAAUCGAGAAGCUAGUCUACUUUGCUUUUCCCUCCUAACUGGAACUUUGUUCCCCAUUUGAAAUAAUUUGGAAUGGUGGACAACCUCCUGCUAGAUUUCUUGAGAGUGGAACAGAUGACAGUGUUCUAUCCAUCUGUCUUCAGGAAUUUUCAGAGUGGUGGGAUUUUUGGGGUGAGUUAACCGAGCUUUCCGCCAGGGCUGAAGAGUUUCAACCUCGGAUUGAUAUCCUUAGCCUGGGGCGAAAACUGAAGUGUGAAAUGAGGAAGGUUAGGCUCACCCUGGGGUUUCUGACACGCGUUGCCUUGAAAGCCCAAACAAAACAAAACCAACAUUUUCUUUGAGGCCACAGGCACUGAAAAUGCACUUUUUUUUUUUUUUGGCAGUGUUGGAUCCAAAAAAAAAAAAAACACUUUGUACAAACUUCUGGCUUCAGAUCCAUUUUUGCUCAUGAUUUAUAGUUUUAUAUCUGUUUUCAGUGCAUUUUUAUAGAGCUGUGCAUUUUCACAGUUAAAUACCUUUUCAUACAUUCAAAAUAGGAUGCACACAAACAGAUCUCUAAAUUAUCUCCUUAACACUGUCCCUCAUUUGUUCUUUUUUUUUUUCUGCACCAAAGAUGGUUCUCUAUUCUGCAUUUUUGUAUCUGUGGUGAAAAAAGCAUUUGCUUAUUUUGCUGUAGCCACUCCGUCUUGCAAGAUAACUACAAAUACAUUUAUGAGAAGCAGUCAGUUGUUUAAUUCAUUAUAGCUGUUUCGCUACCUAUUUUUGUCUGAUUAACAAAUUAUGAAACCAUAUGAUCACCACUGUUAUUCAGGUCAAUUGUUAUACACCACUGAAUACAUCUUUAAUCAACAUCAGUGCUGAAAAUACUAUUGUAAAUAUUCCUACUAGCCGUCACCGGUAUCGAAAAUGUUGAAAGAUGUUUCCUUCCCUGGGUUGUGAUAAACGGGUUGUGCUAAGUGUCACUGUUUCAUUAAAAGAAAGUACAUCUUUUUGUCAGUAUAAUAACAUUUAGAAUAGCUCACUCAGAUCUCUGAGGAGUACCCGGCCGAUUGAAAUCUUUUACAAAUAAUGCUUUAAAUGAAGCUAUUGCCAGUGUUUUCUUCUGCAGAGUUUAUAUUCUGGUUUCUUCCAGCAAAUAGACAAUCUCCCACAUAUAGCUGCUGUUUAAAAAUACAUCUGUAAAAAAUGUGUGUGAGCUUUACAUUGCUUUGGAAGACAG